UUAUAUACCCCGAGUUAAUGGCAAAGGAAUGCAGCUCCUCUGGGGUGUGCUGGAAUUUUUGUCUCUGGCUGAUCACUCAUCUUGCUUUCUUACCUCACCUCCAUAUCAUCCUUACCCCUUUCCACAUCUCCACCUCUCCACUUGGCCCCACCACUCUGCAAACCCUGAUUCUCCCAUCCCACACAUUCCUUCUCCCUCCCCCUUCUUCCUUACCCAUCUCUACAACAUCCAUGUCUGCUCCCACCCCCUCUCCCUCAGUCCUGGUCGCAGAGGUCAUCAAGUUUUAUUUCCCCAAGAUGGUGGAGAUGCACAAUUAUGUUCCUGCUAACUCUCUCCAGCAGAAGCUGAGCAACUGGGGUCACCUGAACAGGAAGGUGCUGAACAAGUUGAGCUUCUCUGUACCAGAGGACAUGAUGCGCAAGAUUGCACAGUGUGCCCCAGGCGUGGUGGAGCUGGUGCUCAUUCCACUGAGGCAGUGCCUGGAGGAGCAGCAGAGGCGCAGGAAGCAGGGCACCAGCUCCUUACAGGAGCUGGCUCCCCAGGAUGGCACUGACUACAUGGAUGUGGGUUUGUCACAGAAGGCCCGAGGGGAAGGUGCUCCAGACCCCCAGGGAGGGGGGCAGCUCAGGGUGGGCCGGCUGCCUGUGCCCCGGCCUCUGGGGUAUAGCCAGACGCUACAGGGCGACCGAAGCUUCGUCCUCCAGAUUGCUGAAAAGGAGCAGGAGCUGUUGGCCUCGCAAGAGACUGUGCAGCUCCUGCAGAUGAAGGUGAGACGCUUGGAGCACCUGCUCCAGCUCAAGAACGUGCGCAUCGAAGACCUCUCCCGGCGGCUCCAGCAGGCGGAGCGUAAGCAGCGGUGAGCCGGCUGCUCCAAUGAGCCUCUUGGGACAAGAGAGCCUCCCUUCUCUUGGGGUGUGAGUGAGCAUGGUGGGCGGUGGGACAGGAACCCUCCAAGCUGAGCCCCGUGACUGAGCCACCUCCUUCAACUCCAUCUGGGU